AUGAAUUUUCGUUCUCGGUGGGCUGCUGCUGCUGCUGCUGCUGCUGCUGUUGCAACGGUGCUGCUUUUCGUGGGGUCGCUGCAAGCGAAGAGCGCUUUCAGUUCUCCCAUAGUUACAAGUAUUGGCACAAAGACUGCCAUCAAUGAAGCAGAGCUCCCGAAUUGGGAAGAGAUUCCUGGCAUGGACCAAAUUAUACGCGACGCACAGAGCAUGAGACCUCCUCGAGCGCUGAGGAACCUUGGCGACCUCUUCUAUUCAUCCCGGCCACAGGAGUUGGGAUGGGUGAGGACUGAAUGUGUCAUCGACACCAUUCAGGCAACAGCAUACCUGGGUCAAGCCAUCGUCUUUCUCUACAAGGCCAUCGACUACCAGAGCAUCAAGACUCCAUUCAGGUGUUACGAUUUCUCCCCCAGUGGCUGCGCUGCCAGUGUGGCUGGCUUCGUGACAUCCAUCACUUGGGUCGCCGCCUACCUCUCGUUUGCGGCGAAUGCUUGUGCCCAGGCGGUGAAUUCGGAUGCCAUUUGUGUCGGCGACUUCGUUGCCUUGAUGGCCAACUUUGGCGAGAUCGCUUCUGCCAGCGCUGCGGUAAAGGAUGAUUGCAAACCCGGCCUGCGCAGCACCCUGGACCUCAUUAUCAAUCGCCCGCGCGUCACUCACGCCUGGGCCCAGUUCAUUCCAGCAGCAGCAGCCCCAACUGCCGAGCUGAUCGUUGCUAUCAAGCACAACCGAACGCAGAGCCGCAAUCGCGCAUUCGACAUCACUCAGUGUGUCAUGGACGUGACCAACAUGCUCUCGUUCAUAGUCCGGGCAUUGCUCCAGGUGCGGGUGGCGGCAGCAUCCUGCCCACAGCCCAAGGCCUGUGCCAUGGACAUAAUGAAUGUCAUAUCGACCUUCAUGUGGAUCUCUCGGUUCACGGCCUUGGCCAUCAGCGACUGUUCCGUAGGCGGAAGCCGGAAGGCCCUCUGUGCUGCUGAUAUCUCCAACAUGGUUGCCGCGGUGUCGAACGGUCCUGCUGCAGGAAUGGCCACAACUUCGGACUGUGCAGAUGUGACAGUGUCCGACGAGCUGGCAGAUGUCGUUGCGAGAUCCGGCGACCCGGACCUCGUAUCCGCUUUGACUCCCGAGCCAGGAGACCAGUCUGCGGGCUAG